AUUUUGUUCGAAAUUGAAUACACAUUGAGCAAAACAAUCAAUCGGGCGGGCGCCGGCCGAUGGAUCGGAGCAAAUGUGACCCAGGCUCCGUUUUUCAGCAGCGGCGCCCGCGGGCCGGCCGGCUGAUGAGUAUUUUGUUCAAAAUUGAAUACAAUCAGUACAAUACAAUACAAUCAAUCAGUGGUAAAACCGGAGCAAAUGUGACCACGGCAUUAUGGAAGGUGCCAUGGGAAUGUUUGAUCCAACGGCAUUGGUAUUUACCAUGUGGUGGAACAUUGUGAAUCAAGUUGGGAUGCGCACUGGUAAAGAAAGUAGGAUGAUAACCUGGGGAGAUCUGCUACUACACGAAUGUGAUGGAGAUGACAAAGCCUAUGUCACGUUUAGAGAACGUACAACCAAAACGCGUACUGGUAUUGAUGUCAACAAUACAAGAAAAGACAUUCCAAGGAUGUACAGCACGUCUGGAGAUAUCAAUGAUCCAAAGGAUCCUUUUUCUAUAUAUAGGAAAUUCUGUGAAGUAAGACCCCCGAGUAUGAAGGCGACUGACUCCGCAUUUUACCUCGGCAUCAAUUCCUCAUGGAACAAAGAUGAUGGGCCUGGUAUAUGGUACACAUGCGCACAGAUGGGUCACAAUACAAUUUCCAGAAUGCUGAAAGAUGCACUAACAAGAGGUGCCAUCAAAACAAGUGACAUUGAUGGUAAAGUAGCGAAUUAUAGUGCCAGGAAGACAUUGAUUACCACUAUGAGAGACAAUUCUGUCGAUGCCAUUGAUGCAAUCAAAAUAACCGGCCACAAACGCGUCGAAUCCUUAAAUGAGUAUGACAAAAUGAGUGAUGCCAAGAAAGCUAAGAUAAGCCAUGUAAUAAGUAACUUCAAGCCUCAAUCAUCAUCGAUAUCUGACACAGCGACCUCUAGUGAAAGUCUACCUGUUCCUCAAAGUGCCCUCCCAUCAAUGAAUUUUGAAGGAAUUCAUAGAGGUACCUUUUAUAUCAACUUCAAUAUCCCACCUACAGGAAUCUCAAAGAAAGUUAUCCAGAGAAAGAGAUGCAAGAGACUAGUAAUAGACAGUGACAGUUCACAAUCACAGCAAUCUAUGAUUACUAAGAACUAUAACAGACUCUGUAUUGAUAGUUUAUGAC